GACAUUUCUCCACACGACGCCUUAUCUGCCUUUCUGAAGGUCGCUACGAGGAUGGACACUUAUGGCAUUGAACCGUUUGACGCGAAGGAUCAGCGUGGCAAUGGAAUAGCUGUUGGUUUCAACUUCAAAGGUCUCUCUGUCUUCAAAAGCAGUCAACAGGUUAACUUCUUCCGCUGGGAAUCGAUGUUGACCUACGAAUGCGAGAAGAAGACCGUUGUUAUUACCAUUAAAACGCGUGAUGUAAGUGGAGUGCACGUGUCACCAACACAAACAGCGAUUGUGCACAUCAAAAUACUCGCCUCCACGCCUGCGUGGCUGGCUGGCUGGCUCUUGCAGUGA